AGCAAACAGUAUUCAAAAAUCUUAACUGAUUUUCGUUAGACGCAGCAUUCGUUAGACAAGUGUCUUCUAAUCAACACACGUGUUCCCAUUAAAAAUCAGCAACAGUUUAACAAAUACAAAUACAAAUACACAAAAUACUAUAGAAUAACAAAGUGAACGUCUAGGAAAUUGAUUUGUGAUUUGAAAAGUGCACAGAAAACCUUGACGAGUAAUUCUAAAGUGAAGCUACCGACAGCCCUCAAAAUGUUGGACAUUGUCCAACCCAGCGAACAGCUCGACAGCAGCAACAACAACAAUGAAGUGGUUGUUAUUCGUGCCAAGCCCAAGAAGGUGUUCAAGCCCAAGGCGCGCAUCAAUCGCAUACCCCAGGAGCUCCUCGAUGAUCCGCUCCUGCAACGCGCCAUCGAUCGCCUGCCCUCGAACUACAACUUUGAACUACACAAGACCAUUUGGCGCAUCCGCGAGACGAAGGCAAAACGUGUGGCGCUGCAGCUGCCAGAGGGUCUGUUGAUGUACGCCAUGGUCAUCAGUGAUAUUAUUGAACGCUUCACCAGCGCCGACACCGUCAUCAUGGGCGACGUCACAUAUGGAGCCUGCUGUGUCGAUGAUUACACAGCACAAGCUUUGGGCGCAGAACUAUUGGUGCACUAUGGCCACAGUUGUCUCAUUCCCGUCGAUCAGACCUGCGGCAUUAAGGUGCUCUACAUAUUUGUGGACAUCAAAAUUGAUCCAUUGCAUUUUCUGGACUCUGUUAAGCUGAACUUUAAGCCCGAUGUCGGACAAAUUGCCCUGGUCAGCACGAUACAGUUUGUCACAACACUGCAGGCAGCUUCCGCCGAGUUAAAGGCAGCCGGUUAUGAUGUGCUGGUGCCACAGGCCAAACCUCUCAGCCCAGGGGAAAUAUUGGGUUGCACUUCACCACAGCUGCCGGAGACAACACAAAUGAUUAUCUACCUGGGUGACGGACGCUUCCACCUGGAGUCUGCGAUGAUUGCCAACCCGCUGCUAAAGGCUUACAAAUACGAUCCGUAUGAGAAGAAGUUCACCGUAGAACAUUACGAUCACGGCGCCAUGCAGGGACUGCGACAUUCGGCCGUGAAGCAAGCCAAGCAGGCUAAACGCAUUGCCAUCAUACUGGGCACUCUGGGCAGGCAGGGUAGUUCGCGUGUGCAUCGCUUCUUGGAGAAGCGACUGCACGCCAAGGGCAUUGAGACGACCACCAUACUGCUGUCGGAGAUCUUUCCGCAGAAACUCGCGCUGUUCGCUGACAUUGAUGCCUUUGUGCAGAUUGCCUGCCCGCGUCUGUCCAUCGACUGGGGAUCAGCUUUUGAGAAGCCGUUGCUGAAUCCCUAUGAAUUGUCCGUGGUCCUCGGUGACAUUGAAUGGACACCUGACAAUGCAUCGCCUCGCAAUAACGCAUAUCCCAUGGACUUUUAUGCCAGCGGUAGUCUGGGCCCUUGGACGCCCAACUUUAAGCCACCAGCGCUCGGCGAGUGCGAAAAUCGGCCAUCUGCCGACUGCUGUGGCCGCUGUACACGUGCCGAACUAGAGAAGGAUGAUACUGGCAAGGCGGCGGCAUUGGCAGACCUAUUGGAUUUCAAAAAGGGAUAAGGAAAGGAAGGGAAACAGAUGACACGUCGUGUUCCUACAACCAUAACUCUCAAGCGCGACUUACUGUUGAAGUAACUAAGAAGUGAUUUAGUUUAUGUGCCCGCCCAGCCCAAAUGUAAUUUAUCUACUAAUUUAAGUUAGUACAAAUUUGAUUUCUAAGCUAGUAUCUCUAUAAUUUAGUUAACAACAAUUUGUGUUCAUCUCAUUUCCAAUUAUUUUACAAUUUCUAUAUGCACAACGAACGAGACAACUACAACACCCUAAAAGUAAGAUAUACAUUAAAUUGUUAAGGGUUUAAUUGCAUGCACGAAUGCAAUGCAAUUGUUUAAUAAACACUAAAUUGUAAAAGUCAAUAAAAA